CGUUCUUUGGCUGUUCAGUACUUCGGGGGGAGGGGGAGGGGUGUUAUGGAUCCUGUUAGAAGCGCCGGGAAGCUGCGGUACACGGAAGAGCAGCCCCUAGCCCCGGAUUGGUCAAAUAAAUUAGGGCAAGAACAGAAUUAGACAUAGAUCCUUUUGUCUUCAUCUCUCGUGCCUGGCCUGGAUCUACUCCCCGCAAGCGUUCCCCCCAGUUUACCGUGUGACCUAGAGCCAGUCGUUGCCUGUGCUGGGCCUCAGUUUUCCUUCUAGGAGCCAUGUCCACCUUGUUCCCCUCACUCUUCCCCCGUGUGACUGAGACACUGUGGUUUAAUUUGGAUCGACCCUGUGUGGAGGAGACAGAGCUGCAGCAGCAAGAACAGCAGCAUCAGGCCUGGCUCCAGAGCAUUGCAGAGAAAGACAACAACCUGGUACCUAUUGGCAAGCCGGCCUCAGAGCACUAUGACGACGAGGAAGAAGAAGAUGAAGAUGACGACGAGGACAGUGAAGAGGACUCAGAGGAUGACGAGGACAUGCAGGACAUGGAUGAGAUGAAUGACUACAAUGAGUCACCUGAUGACGGAGAGGUCAAUGAGCCUCCUCUGCAGGUGGACAUGGAAGGCAAUGAACAGGAUCAGGACCAGUGGAUGAUCUAGGUAGACAAGAAAAGGUGGUCUCAAGAAAAGGGGUCCGAGGACGGCCCUGGACUCCCUGCAGAACCAGCUGAUCACGCACCCCCAUGGCCCACCCCAGUGCCUGAAUGCUCAUCCUCAGGCACUUCCUCAGCUGCUGCCAGGACCUGAUCUUCUUGGUCCCUCCCAGGCCAUCAGUCUGCCCUUGAAUCCCCAGGGCCUAAGCCCAGCCCACUCCCUUCUAGCCAGCAUCUCACCCCUUGUUUGUCAGAUCUAGUCUCUUUCUAACUUUCUUUAAUAAAGACACAGGACUGAUUUUUUUUUUCCCA